CCGCCGGCGACAGCCGCCGCCUGGGGAAGGGGGGAAGGGAGCGGGGAGGCCGAGGUGGGGAGCGAGCGCCUCCCCGGGCACCGGCAGCCCCGUGUAGGGAGGCCGGGCGGGCGGGUCUGAGAGGCGGCGUGAGCAUCCCCGGCCGCGUUGGGGCUGCAGGGGCGGAGCUGCGGUCGGUGGGUUCGUCUCAGGUAAGAAUUUAGAUCUGUCUGUGACCGAUACCACGAGUUGUGAAGGUGAUUCCAAAACCACCGUGAGGCAGUUUCCUUUAUUGUGAAAAAGAAACUUUUUGAAGUAAUAAAAGUACAGAUCACUUUACAAAGCUUCUGCCAAGUGGUUGCUGCUCAAGGUGUCCCUAGGAGCAGGCAGUUUUAUGGACAAAGUAGAUGGAAGUUGUUCUACUAAGAAAUAGCAGAUAUUGUUGGAGAUGUAUUCUUGAAGUUUCCUUAUUAAACAGGUCCUGAAGUGACUCUCUGAAGACUUCAUUUUUGAAAAUUCAAAAAGCAAAGACAAUUCUGUUUUAAUAAAUGAAGGAGAAUAAAGAAAAUUCCAGCCCUUCUGUAAACUUGGCAAACCUGGACCAUACAAAGCCAUGCUGGUACUGGGAUAAGAAAGACUUGGCACACACACCAUCACAGCUUGAAGGGCUUGAUCCAGCUACAGAGGCACGAUACCGCAGGGAAGGGGCCAGAUUCAUAUUCGAUGUGGGAACACGUUUAGGGCUACAUUAUGACACUCUAGCAACCGGAAUAAUUUAUUUCCAUCGGUUUUAUAUGUUUCAUUCCUUCAAACAGUUCCCAAGAUAUGUGACAGGAGCCUGCUGUCUCUUCCUAGCAGGAAAGGUUGAAGAAACACCCAAGAAAUGUAAAGACAUAAUUAAAACAGCUCGUAGCUUAUUAAAUGAUGUACAGUUCGGGCAGUUUGGAGAUGACCCAAAGGAAGAAGUGAUGGUACUUGAAAGAAUCUUGCUACAAACAAUAAAGUUUGAUUUGCAAGUGGAACAUCCAUACCAAUUUCUUCUCAAGUAUGCCAAGCAACUCAAAGGAGACAAAAAUAAAAUUCAAAAGCUGGUUCAAAUGGCAUGGACAUUUGUCAAUGACAGUCUCUGCACUACACUGUCCCUGCAGUGGGAGCCUGAGAUCAUAGCUGUUGCAGUUAUGUACUUAGCAGGCCGUUUGUGUAAGUUUGAAAUACAGGAAUGGACAUCAAAACCAAUGUACAGACGAUGGUGGGAACAGUUUGUCCAAGAUGUUCCUGUUGAUGUUUUGGAAGAUAUCUGUCAUCAGAUCCUGGAUCUAUACUCACAGGGAAAACAGCAAAUGCCUCAUCAUACUCCUCAUCAGUUGCAGCAGCCACCAUCUCUUCAGUCUACACCCCAGGCACCUACAGUACAGCAGUCCCAGCAAUCCCAGAGUUCAGAGCAACCCCAGACGCAGCAGCAAAAAGAGUCUCAGCAGUCAGCACAGCAACAGCAGCAGCAGCAGCAAACACAAGCGCAGCAAUCUAAAAAGCCCUCUCCUCAGUCAAGUCCUCCUAGACAAAUUAAAAGACCAGCAGCUGUAUCUCCAAAAGAAGAAACAAAGGCAGCAGAACCACCGCCACCAUCUAAAAUUCCUAAAAUUGAAACUUCACAUCCACCAAUACCUCCUGCACAUCCACCUCCAGAGCGCAAGCCUCCUUUGACAACAGCAGUUACAAUGGGAGAACCAGAGCAAUCUGCUACUGUGGACUCAGUAGAUGUUCCAAAGGUCCAGAUUCCUCCUCCUGCUCAUCCUGCCCCAGUACAUCAACCUCCCCCUCUGCCACAUCGUCCUCCACCCCCACCCCCCACCAGUUAUAUUACAGGGAUGUCUACUACAAAUUCUUACAUGUCAGGGGAGGGUUACCAAAGUCUCCAGUCAAUGAUGAAAACAGAAGGACCAACAUACGGAGCUUUACCACCGGCCUAUGGACCACCAGCUCAUCUACCAUAUCAUCCUCAUGUCUACCCUCCCAACCCUCCUCCACCACCAGUUCCACCUCCACCCCCUGCUUCUUUCCCCCCACCCAAUAUUCCACCUCCUACUCCUGGAUAUCCUCCUCCGCCUACAUACAACCCUAAUUUCCCACCUCCAAGACUGCCUCCAACUCAUGCAGUACCACCUCAUCCACCUCCAGGGCUGGGAAUGCCACCAGCUAGUUACCCCCCUCCUACUGUUCCCCCAGGUGGACAGCCACCUGUACCACCUCCAAUUCCACCACCUGGUAUGCCACCUGUAGCAGGACUUGGACGUGCUACAUGGAUGAGAUAGCAUGAGGUAAUUUGCACGAAUAUACCUUUAUGUUGAUUAGGCAGGAGUAGAUAGCCAAAACCUACAUUGUAAAGAUGAAGAGGAGGGUAAUCUGUAUAAUUUAGAUGAAAUGAGAUUAAAUGAAAAUUUAGCUGAUCUGUUUGCAGUAUGGUUUAUGGUGAGUUAUAUAGGCUUCUAGAUUUUAAUCAGCUUUGCAGUAUCUAUUCUAACUUUAUACAUUUGACAUAAGUUUGAAUUGUCUUGACUUAUUCCAGCACUGGAUUACUUUGUACUAGCAAAACCAGCCAUAUUGGCUCAAUUAUAUCAGUAAGAAGAAAAUUUCCUUCUAGAAAUCAGUGCCUAUUUUUAAGUAUCAAAAUAGCCAGAUACUAUGAUAUUUGAUCUAUAAUAAGAAACUUCAUUUUUAAUAGUAAGUAAAACAACACAAUGUCAAGCAUAAAAGCUGCUUUAUUUAAGAGAGAUUCUGAAUGCUGGCUGACUGGAAUAAUUUUGAGGUGUUUGCCUUGCUGAUAGUUUUGGUUUGGAAUGUACUGGUAUCUUAAAAUAUUGUAUGUUUACACCUAUUUGCAAAUUCCUGUACAUAAUAUAUAUAUUUUCUAAGUGUGAAAGUCUGAAUGUAACAGCCUACUGUGAUGUACAUCAUAGUUAUAAAUGGGACUACUUUGUUCACUCUACCCAAAUAAAAUUGGUUCUGAAUUUA